AUGGGAGACGGGAGCUGGGUCUGUCUGAGCCCAGCUGAGUUCAACCAGUUGCAACACUACAGUGAAUACUCCACAAAGAAGUUAAAGGAUGUUCUCGAGGAGUUCCACGGUGAAGGAGUGCUCUCCAAAUAUAACCCUGAGCAGCAGCAAGAUAUUCUCAGCAAACCAAUUGACUAUGAGGGCUUCCAACUCUUCAUGGCCACCUACCUUGAGAACGACAUCCCAGAAGAGCUUUGUCGGCACCUCUUCACUUCCUUUAAGAGCAAGACAGGUGGUACCUCGCCCGAUCAGUGUCGAGCAGCAACGAGCUUAUUGGAGUCCUGCUCCAUUGAUGCUGGUAUCUCUAUUCACACCGAGGUGGCCUGUGCCCCCAUCACAGGCAUGAAUGGUAAAAGCAUCCUGUCAGCAAUGGGACGACACACGCCUGAGCUCGUCGGCAGCACUGGGGGUACCACUUCCCCUUGUUCCUCUCGCUCGUCCUCGCAGAGGUCCAGAAGCGGGGCCCACACGCCUGGGGGGCCCCACCGCUCCCCAUGCAGCCAGGUAAAGCCCUCCCCGAGCAGCAAUAACACCCUGACCUCCAACUCAGGCCCAGCCCGGUCGCCAGUGUCCCCGCCGAAACUCUCACCAGAGAGAAGCCGCUCAGAGAAGCAUUUGUCCGUGAGGAGGAGUCCAUCCCUCCUCAAAGGAUCCCCUCAGUCAGUGCCGCAUGUGGUCUUCCUUAAGGAUAUCGUCUGCUACCUCUCCCUGCUGGAACGUGGCACGCCAGAAGACAAGCUGGAGUUCAUGUUCUGGCUGUACGACACGGACGGCAACGGCGUCUUGGACAGUUCGGAGCUGGACCGCAUCAUCAAUCAGAUGGUGCAUGUUGCUGAGUAUCUGGAGUGGGACUCGACAGAACUACGGCCGAUUCUGAAGGAAAUGAUGGAGGAGAUUGACUACGACCGGGACGGCACAGUCACCUUGGAAGAGUGGAUCCGAGGGGGCCUGACCACUAUUCCCUUACUUGUUCUGCUAGGCAUGGACACGAACGUUCAGGAGGACGGCCAGCACGUGUGGCGCCUAAAGCACUUCAACAAACCGGCCUACUGUAACUUUUGUCACACCAUGCUUCUAGGUGUGCGCAAGCAAGGCCUCUGCUGCUCCUUAUGCAAGUACACGGUGCACGAACGCUGCGUCUCCAAAGACAUUGCUGCCUGCAUUAGCACCUACGCCAAGUCUCGCAGGCACACCAAUGCUAUGCAGCACGUUUGGAUGGAGGGCAACUCCCCCACUAAGUGUGACCGAUGUCACAGGAGCAUUAAAUGUUACCAAGGACUGACAGGCCUCCAUUGUGUGUGGUGCCAGAUCACUCUGCACAACAAAUGUGCGUCCCAUGUAAGGCCUGAGUGUGACGGAGGAGCCUUGAGGGACCAUACUUUGCUGCCCUCCUACAUUUGUCCUGUUGUCCUGGACCGGCAGUCCGUGGUGAAACGUGGUGAGAGCGAAUCCCCUCCCUGCACUAGCCCGGACGACAUCAACCAAAUGUUCAAAUUCUCCCCCGGAGACGGGCAAGCACUCCAGAUCUCUCCAUUUCCAGGCACUCACCCUCUACUGGUGCUGGUCAAUCCCAAAAGUGGCGGAAGACAGGGUGAACGGGUUCUCAGGAAGUUCCGUUACCUUCUAAACCCACGACAGGUGCACAGUUUGGACCAAGGUGGUCCAGCGGUCAGGCUCAACUUUUUCCAUGACGUCCCUGAUUUCCGAGUGCUUGCGUGCGGUGGGGAUGGCACGGUUGGUUGGAUCCUCGACUGUAUAGACAAGGCCAACUUUGCCCGGCAUCCACCGGUGGCUAUCCUCCCGCUAGGGACAGGCAACGACCUGGCACGCUGCCUACGCUGGGGGGGAGGAUACGAGGGCGGCAGUUUGCUAAAGUUCCUGCGAGACAUUGAGUACAGCAUCGAGGUGGUCCUGGACCGUUGGAACAUCGAUAUAGUGCCUGAUGACAAGGAGGAGAAAGGUGACCCGGUCCCCUAUAACAUCGUCAACAACUACUUUUCUAUCGGCGUGGAUGCCUCCAUUGCCCAUCGCUUCCACCUGAUGAGGGAGAAACACCCGGAGAAGUUCAACAGCAGAAUGAAGAACAAGCUGUGGUACUUUGAGUUCGGCACGACUGAGACCAUUUCAGCGACCUGCAAGAGGCUCAACGAGUGUAUAGAGGUCGAGUGUGAUGGAAUCAUAUUGGAUUUGAGCAACACCUCAUUGGAAGGCAUCGCCGUGCUCAACAUUCCCAGCAUGCAUGGUGGCUCCAACUUGUGGGGAGAGACCAAAAGGCGGCGGAACUACAACCGCAUGAGCAAGAAGGCUCCCGACAGGACGCAAGGCAGCACUGUUACUGAUCCAAAAGAGCUCAAGUUCUGCAUUCAAGACUUCAGUGACCAGCUGCUGGAGGUGGUGGGCCUGGAGGGCGCCAUUGAGAUGGGUCAAAUCUACACAGGGCUGAAGAGCGCCGGACGCCGCCUGGCUCAGUGCACCAAUGUCACGAUCAGGACAUCCCGUAGGCUGCCGAUGCAGAUUGACGGUGAGCCUUGGAUGCAGCCGCCGUGCACGAUCAGGAUAACCCACAAGAACCAAGUUCCUAUGUUACUGGGUCCACCUCAGAAGACGCCCUUCUUCUUUUUCAAGAAGCGCUCCCGCAGUCAGAACACAUGA